AUUAUAUUAUGGCUGAACAUAACACUGAAUACUUCCAAGCAAAGCUAAAGGCUUUUGGCACUCUCUCUGCUCCUUGGUAUACUAAUGAAAAGAUGACUAGAGAAGCUAACUUGGCCUUCGACCAUGCUAAAGCAGAUGUUGAAUUUGUCCUCGACAAGUAUAGAGCUGAAAGACUUCAGCAACUUGAUAGAAUUGUCAACAAAACUUGCUAUAAAAACAAGAAAUAUAAUUUCCUUCAAGCUCAGAAAUGAGAUGAGUAUCAUUUCGAGAACGACUACAAGCUUGGAGUUAUCAAUGCCUUCACUGCAGACCAUGUUUGGAGAUACAAAACUGAAUAUGAGAACUGCACUAAGACCGAUGAAUUCAAAGCCCUCAAAACUACCUUAGAAAAGGAUCAGGUCUACCAAGCUUGUCAUGACAAAUUUAUGGACCAAUGAAAAGAAGGCAUUAAGAAUGACUUAUCGGCCAGAGCCAAGGAGAUCUUUGAGAGUAGCGAUUAAUCAUG